CUGUCAUGCAUAAAUGUCUUCUGUCACCGUCCGGCAUAAUUCUGCAGAAGCUGUUUUCAAAACUGUUAACAAAGCGAUAAUAGUUUAGAAUACACAUAAUUGUUGAUAUAAAUUGUUAAUAUCUCCAGAAUAUCAAAAUGGCUCGCCGUUAUGAUACUCGUACAACCAUAUUCUCGCCGGAAGGGCGUCUAUAUCAAGUCGAAUAUGCCAUGGAAGCUAUCAGCCAUGCCGGAACGUCCCUUGGCAUCUUGGCAACAGAUGGAAUAUUAUUAGCAGCUGAAAGGAGAAACACCAAUAAACUCCUUGAUGAGGUUUUUUUCUCUGAGAAAAUCUACAAACUUAACGAUGAUAUGGUGUGCUCAGUUGCUGGUAUUACAUCUGAUGCAAAUGUGUUGACAAAUGAACUGAGGUUAAUAGCCCAGAGGUAUCUCCUGCAGUAUGGUGAAUCCAUACCUUGUGAGCAGUUGGUUUCCUGGUUGUGUGAUGUGAAACAAGCUUACACACAAUAUGGAGGUAAAAGACCUUUUGGUGUGUCAAUUCUCUAUAUGGGUUGGGAUAAGCAUUAUGGCUAUCAGCUUUACCAGUCAGACCCUAGCGGCAAUUAUGGUGGAUGGAAAGCCACCUGUAUUGGCAACAACAGUGCCGCUGCUGUGUCAAGUCUUAAGCAGGAGUAUAAAGAAAAUGAAACCACUUUAGCAGAAGCCCAAGCGCUUGCAAUCAAAGUUCUAAGCAAGACAUUGGACAUGACCAAGUUGACUCCUGAAAAAGUUGAAAUGGCGACUUUAACAAGAAAAGACGACAAAACCAUAAUCAGAGUGUUAACCAGCACUGAGGUGGAAAAACUUAUAGCAGAUUUUGAAAAGAGUGAGGCUGAAGCUGAAGCCGCUAAGAAACAACCCCCUAAAUCGUAAUUUUUUUUAUAUCUUUUGGCACAAUAAAAAUGUAACGUUUU